AUAACAGAAACAUCAUGGAACCUCAUCAGCUGGAUAAGAAAGAGCAGUCCAAACAAAAUGGCAUGAUUGCAAAAUAUCUGCUCAACUCUCUCAAGAUUAGCAAUCGUUUGCAGCUCCAGCUAAUUUCUCGUUCAGCAUGUGCCACUGGCUCCUGUCCAGAUCUGAUGCAUAGGAACGAGCAGCCUGACUCCCGGCCGCUUGCCAUGGCCUUGACACCCCAGCUACCCCCCAGGACCCAUCGGCCCCUGUGUCUCUCAGUGUCCUCUGACAGCAGUGGACGCUUCAAAGCUCUGGAGACCCAGGAAUGGAAGAACAACCUCAAAGCUCAGAUGGAGCAGGCCCAUAGUGCCGGAGCAGCCAGCAGUACAGGUUCCCUUGAAAGAGCGUCUCUCUUUUGUGCUUCUGGCUCCACCACCCCCUCCAGCUCUGGCCUCUCCAGUCCGGUGGAGCACCUCACCAAGAGCAAGUCCUCUAGUCGCUUUUCACUCUUCUCCCCACCUUGGAACAGCAGCUCUGAGUCCGACUCCAAUCCACCUUCCCGCUCCGGAUCCAAGAAAAUGCACAACUACAGUCGCAGAGCCGGUCCCGGCAGUGCCAAAACGGGCCCAGAGACUCCAGAACCCAAGCAGAGCAUCCCUGAGCACUUCCAGUACUCAGAUCCGGUCAUAUCCAAGGUUACAGACUACAUUUAUGUGGGGAACCUGAACGCGGCUUAUAGUGGACGUACGUUGUGCCGUAAUAACAUCGACAGCAUCAUCGACAUGAGCAGCCUACCCGGGGAGACUUGUUUGAGAGUCAUUCCUUGCACUUGUUCAAGGGGUGUAAAGCAUAGUUGGUCUCGGCUCAAAGUAGACAUGACCGACCUUCCGGACACUGUCCAAGAAGGGCUGGCACUCAAGCACCGCUGCUUUGAGGACAUCAAUGAGUGCAUCGAUGCCUCCACGGAGAAGAGGAAGCGAGUGUUAGUGCAUUGUCGUGAUGGUUUUUCCCUUGCCCCCACUUGCAUUAUUCAGUACCUCAUGGUAAAACAAAAUAUGAGGCUUAUAGCUGCCUACGAGCUGCUCCGAGCCAGACACCCUGUAAACAUUCGAGAUUCCCAUCAAAACGUUCUGGUAAGUCUGGAAAGAGCUCUGAGACCGGGUGGGAACACGAAUCCAGAGUGCUUUAAACAGGCCAUCUCCCGCAAAGUGGCUUGGACCUGAUAGCGAACCUUGGGGGGCCCCCCUUCCCUUCCCUUCCCUUCCCUUCCCUUCCCUUCCCUUCCCUUCCCUUCCCUUCCCUUCCCUUCCCUUCCCUUCCCU